UAUGUCCUGCGUGCAAUGAGUCUACGCAUGACACUGGCCACCUCUUUGCAUGCCCCGCAGGAUGAAAUCGGCUGUGACAUCAUAAAAAUUGGUAACUUAGUAAGCAAGAAGGAUAAGUUCGUUAAGCGACGUCAACGUUUAAUCGGACCCAAUGGCGCGACAUUGAAAUCCAUUGAGUUACUAACAGAUUGUUAUGUGUUAGUACAAGGAAACACUGUAGCCGCUCUCGGUCCUUAUAAAGGUUUACAACAAGUCCGUGACAUUGUAUUAGACACAAUGAACAAUGUGCAUCCCAUAUAUAAUAUUAAAGCAUUGAUGAUUAAACGCGAACUUAUGAAAGACCCGAAAUUGGCCAAUGAAGAUUGGUCACGUUUUCUGCCGAAAUUCAAGAACAAAAAUAUUAGCAAACGCAAACAACCUAAGGUUAAGAAGCCCAAAAAAGAAUACACACCAUUUCCACCUUCACAACCUGAAAGUAAAAUUGAUAAACAACUUGCAUCCGGUGAAUACUUCCUUAGCAAGGAACAGAAACAAGCACGCAAGCAACAAGAACGUAAUGCGAAACAGAGUGAGGCUGCUAAAAAGCAGGAGGAGCGUCGUAACCAAGAUUUUAUUCCACCAACUGAGGACGGACCUUCUACUAGCCGUAAAAGACCGGCUGAUGAAGAUAGUAAAAAAUUGGAUGUUAAAGCUUUGAAGGCGAAAGUGGCAAAGGCAAAUAAAAAAAUGAAAACUUCUUAAAUAAAAUAAAAACAAAACUAAAA